CAUCAUCAUCACCACCAUAAAAAACGACGCCGGAUCGAGCAGGAUGGUAUGCUUCUGUUUUCUGGUGGACCAACGGCGGGAGGUGCAGCGGAGCAAGCCGGCGGCGGGGAUAUGCUCCCGGUGCGGCGGCGGAGCCAGCGUGGCGGAGAUGAAGACGGCCACCAGGUUUUGCUAUGUCCCCUUUUACUGGAAAUCGUGGAGAGCCAUUGUUUGCACUUUUUGUGGAGCUGUUCUUCGUUCUUACCAACACUAAAAUACUAAAGUACUAGGUUACUAGGGGACACUGUGUGGUUGUUACUUACGUCCACACAUGAUCACUUCGUUCGUUCCAACUUCCAACUCUUUUUUCUAUUAUUUUUAUUUCUACUUAUUAUUCGUUCUUUCUUAGUAACCUCUUUCCCUUUUCCCUUGUUUUGGAAGUUGGAACUCUCUGUCUUUCU